UACUACAGUCCUUGGGGCGGAGCCUCCGUGGAUGAAGACAACAAAGGGUCGCAGGUCGCUAGCCGGCGGCAGGCGGCGGUGUUCCAGUCUUCCUUAUUCCUCUCAGCUUAGGCACGUCGGCCUCCCGCCAGUCCCACUCCAGAUGAAGUGUGAGCACUGCACACGAAAGGAAUGUAGUAAAAAAUCAAAACCUGAUGACCAGGAGAAUGUGUCUAUUGAUGCGGCCAGCCCAGCCAAGGAGAAUGAAGAGAAGGGAGAAUUCCAUAAAUUGGCUGAUGCAAAAAUAUUUCUGAGUGACUGCCUGGCAUGUGACAACUGUGUGACUGUGGAGGAAAGUAUCCAGCUUUCCCAGCAGAGUGCCAAGAACUUCUUCCAUGUCCUGAAUCUUAAUAAGAGAUGUGACACCUCAAAGCACAGAGUUCUGGUUGUGUCUGUGUGUCCUCAGUCUCUGCCUUAUUUUGCUGCUAAAUUCAACCUCAGUGUCACGGAUGCAUCUAGAAGGCUGUGUGGCUUCCUCAAAAGUCUUGGAGUGCACUAUGUGUUUGACACCACAAUCGCUACAGAUUUCAGCAUUGUGGAGAGUCAGAAGGAGUUUGUACGCCGGUAUCACCAACAUAGUGAGGAACAGCGUGAACUGCCCAUGUUGACCUCUGCCUGUCCUGGUUGGGUCAGAUAUGCUGAGCGGGUGCUGGGUCGCCCCAUCAUCCCAUAUCUCUGUACUGCCAAGUCCCCCCAGCAGGUCAUGGGCUCCUUGGUGAAGGAUUAUUUUGCCAGACAGCAGAAUCUGUCUCCAGAGAAAAUCUUCCAUGUUGUCGUGGCUCCUUGCUAUGAUAAGAAGCUGGAAGCUCUUCGAGAGGGACUUUCCACUACUUUAAAUGGUGCUAGGGGUACUGACUGCGUGCUGACAUCAGGUGAAAUUGCUCAGAUAAUGGAGCAAAGUGAUCUCUCUGUGAAAGACAUUGCUGUGGAUACUUUGUUUGGAGAUGUGAAGGAGGUGGCAGUCCAGCGUCACGAUGGAGUGAGCUCAGAUGGGCAUCUGGCUCACGUCUUCAGACAUGCAGCCAAGGAGUUGUUUGGCGAGCAUGUGGAGGAGAUCACCUACCGUGCACUAAGAAACAAAGACUUCCAUGAGGUUACCCUUGAGAAGAACGGGGAGGUCUUACUGCGCUUUGCUGCAGCCUACGGCUUUCAUAAUAUCCAGAACAUGAUCCUGAAGCUCAAGAAGGGCAAGCUCCCGUAUCACUUUGUGGAGGUCCUCGCAUGUCCCAGAGGAUGCUUAAAUGGCAGAGGCCAGGCCCAGACCAAGGACGGCCACACAGACCGUGCCCUGCUGCAGCAAAUGGAAGGGAUCUGCUCCGGCCUCCCUGUGCGGCCCCCAGAGCACAGUGCGCAUGUGCAGGAGCUGUACCAGGAGUGGCUGGAGGGCACCGAAUCCCCCAAAGUCCAGGAGGUGCUGCACACCAGCUACCAGAGCUUGGAGCCCUGCACAGACAGCCUGGAUAUCAAGUGGUGACAAAGCCUGAAGGGCAGGAGGGGACAGCUCUGAGUGGAGAGUGAUGGGUGCUUCAAGAAACAACGGGUUACUGCAGCUUUUCCAGCACUCCAGGACACACAGUUUUCAUGUGGUGCUCUCUUUGUAGUGUGUGAGGGAGUGGAUUGUUUGCACAGGGGAGAAACAUUUUCCCUCUCUGCGUAUCCUUUUAUUCCAAGAUUGUGAGAAAGAUCCCAAAGAGGCCAGGGACAUACCCCUGACUUGCAGGCUAUAAAAAAAAAAAAAAAAAAAUUCAAAAUGUGUUCUUUAAGAAUCAAGUCCCCGGCCGGGCAGUGGUGGUGGCUCACGCCUUUAAUCCCAGCACUUGGGAGGCAGAGGCAGGUGGAUUUCUGAGUUCGAGGCCAGCCUGGUCUACAGUGACCUCCAGGAUAGCCAGGGCUAUAUAGAGAAACCUUGUCUCGAAAAAACAAACAAACAAAAGAAUCAAGACCCUGGGAUUGUGAUCCAUGAGUCUAGGAUUAUUGCUGCAGAAAUGGAGACAUCAGGAAGAGCCAGGUUGCUGUACAGUGGAUAACUAUGGCCUUUAUAGAGGCCCAGUCUUCUGGCUCAAUCUGGUUCUUUCACUUGUAUACGUUUUUUUAAAAUAAUUUUGAAUUCUAGGGCCAGAAAGAUGGCUCAUUGGUACCAACCUUAGUUUGAUCCAUGAAGCGCACAUGGUGGAAGGAGAGACCAACCCCCACAAACUACCCUCUGACUUUUACACAGGCGCCAUGGUGUACAUAUGUGUCACUGAGACCA